GGUACUUUGCAGCACUGCACAUCACGACGUAAAAAUCAUAUGAUCGAUUAGUGGUAGUGAAAAAUUCAGACGACGGGCAGAAGGCACACACACUGCAAGCACGGUAGUACGUGAAUUCCUUCGGAACUAUUGAAUUACUAUUUCGAUUUUGUGACAAGUGAGAAAAGCAAUAAAGAUGGCUUUGAGCGACGCUGAUGUACAAAAACAGAUCAAACAUAUGAUGGCAUUCAUUGAGCAAGAGGCCAAUGAAAAAGCGGAAGAGAUUGAUGCCAAAGCCGAGGAAGAAUUCAAUAUCGAAAAGGGACGUCUCGUCCAGCAACAGCGUCUCAAGAUAAUGGAGUACUACGAGAAGAAGGAGAAACAGGUUGAGCUGCAGAAGAAAAUUCAAUCCUCAAAUAUGCUCAAUCAAGCUCGCUUGAAGGUGCUUAAAGUGCGUGAAGAUCACGUGAGCAGUGUGCUCGAUGAUGCACGCAAACGUCUCGGUGAAGUCACCAAAAACGAGUCCGAAUACAAGGCCGUACUAAGCAAACUGAUUGUGCAGGGCCUGUAUCAAGUGAUGGAACCUAAAGUAAUCCUACGCUGCCGUCAAGUUGAUGUACCCCUCGUCCAGGAUGUAAUCCCAACAUCUGCUGAGCAGUACAAAGCCGCAAUGAAACAGGAUGUUGAGCUUAUUAUCGAUGAGAAAGAUUAUCUAGCAGCCGAUACCUGUGGCGGUGUUGAGCUGUUUGCCUUGAACGGACGCAUCAAGGUGCCAAAUACUCUGGAGUCCAGAUUAGAAUUGAUUUCGCAGCAACUUGUGCCAGAGAUCCGUAACGCCUUGUUUGGCCGCAAUGUUAAUCGCAAAUUCACUGAUUAAAAUUUUUCUUUAAGUGCAAAAAACAGUAAAA